GACACACAGCCAAAGGGGAGGAACCAAACACCCUCGCUCGAGUUAUUAUCACUGAAAAACCACCGAAUUAAACGCCCAAGAGCCCCGACGGGGAAUAAAAGUUUUAUAACCAGCAGAAAAUGUCGUUCAUCCCCGGUCAGCCCGUCACAGCCGUUGUGCAACGGAUUGAGAUUCAAAAACUACGGGAUGGUGAUAAUUUAAUAUUAGGAUUCAGCAUUGGAGGGGGAAUCGACCAAGAUCCAAGCCAGAAUCCGUUUUCUGAAGACAAGACAGACAAGGGAAUCUAUGUCACACGCGUAUCUAAAGGCGGACCUGCAGAGGUGGCUGGUCUCAGGAUGGGAGACAAAAUCAUGCAGGUGAACGGCUGGGACAUGACCAUGGUGACGCACGAUCAGGCGCGAAAAAAACUCACCAAGAAGAAUGAAGACGUGGUGCGGCUUCUCGUCACCAGAAAAUCUCUGGAGGACGCGGUCAGGCACUCCAUGAUGCACUAGCGCCCGUCGAAUGUCACCGGUUAAUCACACGUGCACAGCGUGUUUCAACUAACAGAAACAAGCAGCCAAAGAGCGACGCCAAGAAACCUUUCCGCUCGGCACGGACUAACAAGGACGGAUGAUUUUGACUUAUUGAACUGAAUCGGUGUAUGCGGGAACGAUCGCUCUCGUUCCGUAAAUCGCUACACUAUUUUUAACAGCGACACUUUAUGCCAAAUACUACAAACACUCUCUUUGCCACGUGUACUCUUGAAUGUAUCACAGAGUCUGUGAACUUAUCAAUUCCUUCAUGAACCUCAAGGGCUACGGUGUUCACUUUAUUUUUUCGUUCGCGCAUACUUAACUAUCGAAUCGAUUCAUGUGAGAAUCAGCCAGCAUGUAGUUGUUGUGCUCUCCGUCUCGUAGCUUGUAUUUAAUUAACAAACAUCACCCUCCUUAGAAAACCCGUCUGCAUCUGGCACAAUCGAGAACGCUGCGCUUUUGUAUUCAGCGACACUUUUUCAUGUUUUGAAAAUGUUUUUGAUACCGAUCAAUUUUUUUUUUUUUUUUUUUUUUUUUGCCGUUUGAUUGUAUGAGGAUAUAUUUUCACGUAAGCGAAUAAAGGAAUCUUCUUGCACGUGCUUUGCGGCUUUUAAUGCUCUAAACGAAGUCUAAUUAGCCUCCCGUCGGCUCUCCUUAAAUGUCUGUGUCUUCACGUUAAGCUUGAAGAUGGUGACAUUUUCAGCGCAGCAAAUCUAUUUCCUGACCUUUUGCCGGUUUUCUCUUUAAUGUUAGCUGGCAAAGGUGAGCAUGCAAGCGGGCAGCUCUUAACGCACCUCGCGGAGUGCUGUGAAAGUGAGGCUGCCGGUAAAUACAGGCUUCAAACAUAUCCUGGGGGUCACUGGUGCAUCAUGUAAAUAACAAUAAAACCGAAUUAGUGCAUGAAUAGCGUUUCAAAAGGGAUACAGAUGCAAUACGUUCUCUUUAGGCAUGCACCUUUAUGUGCAUUUUUAGGGAUAGAAAUAUACUAUUGCCUUUUUCUGUGCUCAGUAUUCAUAUGCAAAAUAAAAAGCAGUCCUUUAAUGA